CGUUCCACCUGGCUCGGGGGUUUCCAUGGAAACAGUGUGGAGUGACAACAUGCAGGCAGCGUGUGAGUGGGCACUGGGAGGUGUGGGGAGGAGCCAGUUCCCCCACUGCAGCAUCCGAAGAGCGGGGAUCUCUCUUUCACACACACAAACACACACACAACUGAACAUCCUCCUUACUGCAAUCAAAGCCCCUCUGGACCGAGUGUGUGCCCCCCCGCUAGGAAUCCUCAGUGUCUUAAUCAGCCAGUGUUUUGUCCAUCUCUGGUGAAUCUCAAGCCAAAAUGUCUUCUAAGCUGCCUUCAGGCAAACCCACGUCCCCUUUCAGGAAGAGAGGCAGCCUGCAGUACACAGCCAGUGGGGUAGAUCUCCGUGUUGGCCGACACCUCCUCACGUCCCAGUAUUCUUUGCCUGGCAACCCUGUAACCAAGCACGGCCACGUUGACCUGCGCACUUCCAUGGAUGGCAAAUACAAAGAGAUUGCAGAGGAGCUGUUCUCGCGCAGCCUCGCGGAGAGUGAGAUGCGGAGUGCUCCAUAUGAGUUCCCUGAGGAGAGCCCUAUUGAGCAGCUGGAGGAGAGGCGGCACCGGCUGGAGCGGCAAAUCAGCCAGGAUAUCAAGUACUACAUCCUAUCAUUCAUCAUGAAACUCGACCAUUGACAGUAGUGCCUAAAAUACACAAGCUUUCUGACUUUUUCUCAGUAAUAUUAAACAUAUCCAUGAUUAUAACCAUGUUUAUAACCUCGUAACCUUCAAAGUUCCUAAAGCCAGAUGGCCAACAAAUUUUUAAUGUCGAAGUAAAGCUAAUGCUAGUAAAGUAGUAAAGCUAGUCAACCAACAGAUGUACUAUUGUUACACAGGACGCAACAAAAUAUUAUAGAAACCAUUAAAAUCAGUGAUGCUGUCUACACUGGAUACGAC